CCAGACUAAGAACCUGCAUGUGCAAGACAUGGCUUCUUAUACAUGCAUCUCAUGCCGGGUUGCUUUUGCAGACCCUGAUAUUCAGAGGGCCCAUUACAAGACUGACUGGCACAGAUACAACCUGAAAAGAAAAGUUGCUGAUAUGCCUCCAGUCUCUGCUGAGAAUUUCCAGGAGAGGGUGCUGGCACAGAGAGCUGUGGUAGAGGAACAGAGUAAAGAGACAGCCACUUACUGCACAGCUUGCAGCAAGAGAUUCGCUUCAUUUAAUACUUAUGAAAAUCAUCUAAAGUCCAAGAAGCACUUGGAUUUGGAGAAGAAGGCCACUGAAGCAAUCACAAAGAAAGUGGAGCUAAUGAAUGAAAAGAAUAUAGAAAAGGGACUUCAUCCUGAGAGUGUAGAUAAAGAUGCAAUGAACACAGCUAUUCAGCAAGCUAUUAAAGCACAGCCCUCUGUGUCUUCAAGAAAGCAGCCAAAUGAAGCUUCUGCUGCUGCAUCUGGAAAGCAAGAUGAUGGGCGUGUUAGAUCCCGACCAGAAAAACCACCCAGACAACAGUGGUAUGAAGUACAAGCCAAGAGACUAGCAUUAGAAGAGACUGAACAUGAUUUAGUAGUGGAGGAUGAGGAGGAAGAAAGCUGGGAUGACAUGGAAUCAGAAGAGGAGGAUGAAGUGGAUAGUGAUGAUGAAAUGGAGCACAUGAAUGGACUAGAGGGAGAGGACGUCACUGCAAAUGAGAGUGCAUCACCAGUAGGAGCAAUUCCUGUCACAGAUUGCUUGUUCUGUUUGCACCAUUCCCACUCCCUGAUGAAAAAUAUAGCACACAUGACCAAGGUUCAUAGCUUCUUUAUUCCAGAUAUAGAAUAUCUCCAGGAUCUUCAUGGUCUUAUUAGGUACUUGGGGGAGAAAGUCGGCGUGGGGAAAAUUUGCCUCUGGUGUAACGAGAAGGGGAAGUCUUUUUACAGCACAGAAUCUGUUCAAGCUCACAUGAAUGACAAGAGUCACUGUAAACUCUUCACUGAUGGAGAUGCUGCCCUUGAAUUUGCUGAUUUCUAUGAUUUUAGGUCCAGCUAUCCUGACCACAGAGAAGGAGAAGAUAUAGAGAUGACUGAAAAAGAAGGAUCUGAUAAAACUCUAGAAUAUGAUGAUGACGCUAUGGAGUUGAUAUUGCCCUCAGGUUCUCGAAUAGGGCAUCGUUCACUGAUGAGAUAUUACAAGCAAAAAUUUGGAAUAUCCAGGGAAGUGGUGGUUUCCAAAAACCAAAAAUCUGUGGGACGUUUAUUGCAGCAAUACAAGGCUCUAGGAUGGACAGGUGGGACGGGUUCCAUCGUUCAGCGUGGGCGUGAUAUGCAGUAUGUGCAAAGGAUGAAGUCCAAAUGGAUACUAAAAACUGGAAUGAGUAAUAAUGCUACAAAGCAGAUGCACUACAGACCACAAGUCAGAUUUUGAUUUUGUGAUGACUCUGAGAAUGGAUAUCUGUUUGAACUGAAAGCACUAUGCUGUUUAAGCAUGUUCAUGUACUGUAAAACAUGGCAGCUGCUAGAACUACUGCUGGUAUGGCUGCACUGUAUACAAGAUUAUCAUUCAGAAUUAUUUUUUAAGCAGUUAGCCCCAAUACUGGAUGCAGUCAAAAUUGGGUUGUUAAAGAUGAACAUGCUGAAUGAUAGUGCCAAUGUCCGUUGUAACAUUUCUGCAUCAAUGGCGUUUAUGAAUAUUUUUAAAUUGUUUGAAAAUCCAAAAUAAUCCAAAAUAAACUGAACAUGAAGUAAAA